AUGGCUGCGUCCUGCGCCGCCGCUUCUCUCUCCUCCUCCUCCUCCUCCUUCUCCCCGGUGAGCUCGUCCUCUCCGAUCGUAUUUGACAACUUGGCAGCUCCUUCGCUGUGGCAGAGUUGCCGGCGGCUUCCUUUGUCCUGUCACACGACGCGCAGAGCAUCGCCUCUCCUCCGGCUCCACGUUUCCCGUCUAUCGCUUGGGCGAUGCGCCGCUUCCGCUGGCCCGCAACCUCCGCCGCCGGAGGGUCCCUUUCCAGAGGAAUCUAACCGCACCGGAGGAGGUGUCUUUCUCUUCUCUUCUUCCCGCUUCUAUUGACCGCUCAAUUGCCUUAGGUUUAGUUCCCUAUCUGUCUUUCGAUGCGUGGAAGAGUCUCUUCGACGCAGGGAAUUCGUUACGGUUCUAUAUGCUCGCAAAGCGGUUAAAUCUCUGAAUUUCUGUUUUUAAUUUGAUUUCCUUUGUCAUUUAUUCGUUAGCUUGUUAAGGUUUUCUGAAAAUCCCUUUGGAUUACACUUGAACUCUGAUACUUAAUUUGAAACAUAGAAACUUGUGUAACCAUCGACAUGAAACAUAAUCUUUCACAAGUAACUAGCCCUCUAGAACAACUCUAAGAGCUGUUCUGUGCCCGGUUUUCUCAUUCAAGUCUGAAUAAUACUAAAAAAAUAAUUUCCUGGGCCUAGAUGGUGAUAAGGUUAUUUGAAUUUUGAAACGACCAGCUCACGAUGCAUGAUAGUUGGCAGGUUGGAACUAUAAGUAUCAUAAGGAAUCAUCAAUAUAACCCUGAACAAGAAAAACUGCGAGUUGUUACAUAAUCUACCAAGAAGAUGGUUGAAGAGUUCCUUUUCCUCCAAUAGAAGAUGACCUAGUUUCCCUGCUUCUUCUUUCGCAUUACAUUUUUUUGACUUCGUAGCAAGGAACGUACUAAAAAUAUAUAAUCUACCUGACGGAAAUGAACAGAAAGAAUGGCACUGGAAGAAAUCCAUAGAAGCAAUAGAAGAAAGGGUCAGAUGUACAAGAAACUCCUUUGCUAUUGAAUUUCAGUCGACAUAGUUAGCACUAAAAUUUUUGCUCUUUCCUAACUCUUGUGUUUCACACAGAAACCUAUUUUCGUAAUGCUUUGAUUGCUAAACUGAGUUAUUGUAUCGUGAAUCACAAAAUCCUCUGGAAUGUUGCACUUCAAAAUGUCUGUGGCCUACUCUCUACAGCGAUGCCCUGCGAAGUUAUGAUUCAGACAUCAUCUUUUAUUUUUCGCUGAGGCUAAGAUAACAAAUCUUUCAUCAGAUGGAACAAAAUCUCUUGAAGCCAGUCUACAAGUUAAGGUUAAUAUGAUUAUCAGGCAUGUGCUUGAAAAUAUUCACCUUGAAAACUUCCUUUUUUUAUCUACAAUCCGCUGGAGAAGGAAGAAACACAAAAAAAAUACUGAAUUGUAACAUAGUCGUAGAUAUAAACUUAGGAAAUCGAAUUAGCUUUCUUCAAUAUUGAAUUUUUUUCUAAGAGCAAACUAUGAGAAGCUCAAACAAAAACGUACGUAAUGGCCAAAAAAGAUAAAACUGUCGAUAUCUUAAGGCUUGUGUUGUGUGAGAUGCAAUGAUCCAUAAGGAGAGGACCUCUGGGAUAAGAGAAGACGCUUGGUGAUAACGGAGAUAAUGAUAAAAAAAGAUAAAACUGUGGUCAUAAGAAGAGGGUCUCAGAGAAAACCAAACAGGAGAGAGUUAUUGUCAAGCUGCAAGUUAUCAUCAGCUAUAGGUAUUGCUCCCUAGAAAUUGAGUAGAAAGUUUCUCUCAGAGUGACCAGCCCUUCUAUGUUCUACAAAAUGCUGAAAAACCUUAGUGUUUUGUGUAUAACAGCGGAUAUAGGAUCUCUUCUCUUCGCAUGAGGGUCCUUGUCAAGCUCCAAGUUGUCAUCAAGUAACACUCCUUUCCUCCAAGGAAAGUGAGUAGGAAGUUUUUUAUCAGAGUGAGGUUCCCCUCUGUGUUGCACAAGAUGCUGAAACUCUAAAGUUCUUGGUACAAUAGUGGAGAUGGGUUCUCUUUGCAGGAGGCUGUGCCACUUGAUGGGCUUGUGUGCGGAUGAAUUCUACUGUCAGUCUAGGCUGUGUUGGAGUUGAUUGGUUUUUCGGCUGAAAAAUUAAAAUGAGACUAUAAAAAUAUUAUCUUCUCCGUGAAUCGGUGAUAGUCAAGGCUAACUAAUGACUUUAUAUUGGAUCACACUAAUCUUGAUCCAAAUCGACCAUUUAUUAGAUCGAAAUUGUAUGGGUCUGCUAAGUGUGACCAGAAUCUACAGCCUAACGGCUGUUGUUGUACCCAUAGACAAGGCAUGGAUGCGGGCCAGAUCUACUCUUGUAGAAGGCCAAUACUGGCUGGGAAGGGUGUGCCAAAGCUUGGAUCAUGCUACAUUGAACGUUCAAGGAAGUACAGAGAGGGUGAUAUUGGUGGGGAGGGGCGAUGGCUUUGUUCACGAACCAGAAGAUCCACCAUAGAUCACUACUAUGUUGGAUUGGAGGAACCCUUCCUAUUAACUUUCCACUUCUUUUCUUCUCAUUUCUGUAUUUAUUUAUUUCAUGCCCAUUUUGCAGGUCUUCUGGAGGCGUUUUCCAGGUCCCAGGAUGUUCUUCGGGUGUUCUUCGGCGUCCUCUUUUGGAUGUCUUUGUUCUUUUGGUCCUGUGCAUGGGAUGGAAGAAGCAGUAUCGGACCGAACAAGAGAUCUUGA